AUGCCUCCACCUGCUGCCCCCUAUCUGGCCUCCCUGGAUAUCUGGGUCUGGGAUGCCCCCACAGCAUCUCUAGAUCUGCAGAGACUGGAUGGGUCCCUCAAGCCCUCUCCAUACCCCACCUGCUGCCCAGUGCUGUGUGUCCUGCUGACUCUGUUGGAAGAUGGACCCCAGAGCACCAAGGCCUAUGCCUGUCCCCAGCAGUGCCCUCCAGACUCCUCAUGUGUCAAUGGCACUGCCUGUUACUGUGAUCCAGGAUUCCAAACUCCAUUUCGAAAGAACAAAGUCAAUCACGGGGAGACUUGUGAAGACAUUGACGAAUGUAAACAACGGGUGAUAGUGACCUGUGGAAUAGACGCACGCUGCCAUAACACGAAGGGGAGCUACUACUGCACAUGCAGACUAGGAUACAGGCCUGGUUCUGGGGCAACAAAGUUUAAUAAUGCAAGUGAGAACACAUGUCAAGAUGUGAAUGAAUGUACCUCAGGGCAACACUCCUGCCGCCAAAUAGCCAUAUGCCACAACACCAAGGGCAGCCAUGAGUGCCACUGCCCCCCUGGCUGGAAUCUGAUUCCUAAUCUCUCUGAUUUGUCCUCAGAUGUGGAUGAAUGCACCUCUGGGCAAAACUCUUGCCACAAAUCCACCCAAUGCCACAACACCGAGGGCAGCUAUGAGUGCCGCUGCAGCCCUGGCUGGAAGCCGGUUCCUGGGUCCCCCAAUGGCCCACACAACACCGUCUGUGAAGAUGUGAAUGAAUGUACCUCGGGGAAAAACUCCUGCCACAAAUCCACCCAAUGCCGCAACACCAAGGGCAGCUAUGAGUGCCGCUGCAGGUCUGGCUGGAAGCCGAUUCCUGGGUCCCCCAAUGGCCCACACAACACCGUCUGUGAAACCCCUGCAGAGAUCUCCUUCCUUACCUGGAACCCGCCCCCUGGAAUCAAGAGCCAAAGUCUCUGCCGCUUCUUUGAAAGAGUCCAGGACCUGCUCAGAAACUUCAAGUCUGCCUCGGCCCAGGACACCAUCCAGGACAUCAUACAGGAGGUGGAUAAUCUGCUGGAGAACCCCGGGGACCUGCUUACUCUGCCUCAUUCAGAGCAGCACUGUGUGGCCACUAACCUGCUCACUGGCUGGGAGCACGUCCUGAGAGAGAUGAGCAAGGCCCUGCCCAAUGGACCACUGACCUUCAGGACAGCUGCAGGAACAGAACUAUCUCUGGAGGUGAAGGAGCAAGGAGACAAGAAUGUCACCCUGAGCAUUAAUCAGGCAAAGAUGCUGGUGAACUGGAAAGUGGUGCAGGACUCAGGUGGCUCAGGCCCUGCUGUGGUGGGCCUUGUCUCCUCUCCAGGGAUGGGCAAGUUGCUGGUUGGGGCCCCCCUGGUCCUGGAAACUGAGGAGCAGUCAGUUCUACAUGAGACACACAAGGGCCUGCUGCAGGAAGUCUCCCCUGUCCUGCUUUCAGAUAUCAAAUCUGCCUUUAUGAGCAACAAAGACACUCAGAACCUCAGCUCCCCAGUCACCUUUGUCUUCAAGCAUGUGAGUGCUGUGACCCCGGGGCCAAAGCAGAAGGUGUUCUGUGUCUUCUGGGAGCCUGGCCAGAAUGGAAGUGGUCAUUGGUCCACCAAAGGCUGCUGGAUGGUGGGCACCAGAGACACCAGCACCACCUGCCAAUGCAGCCACCUCAGCAGCUUUGCCGUCCUCAUGGCCCACUAUGAUGUGCAGGAGGAGGAUCCCGCCCUGGCUGUGAUCACCUACGUGGGGCUGAGCCUCUCUCUGCUGUGCCUCCUCCUGGCGGCCCUCACCUUCCUGCUGUGCAAAGCCAUCCAGAACACCAGCACCUCACUCCACCUGCAGCUCUCGCUCUGCCUCUUCCUGGCCCACCUGCUCUUCCUCACGGCCAUCGACAGAACUGAGCCUAAGGUGCUGUGCGCCAUCAUCGCGGGUGCCUUACACUAUCUCUACCUGGCCUCCUUCACCUGGAUGCUGCUGGAGGGCCUGCACCUCUUCCUCACUGCACGCAACCUGACGGCGGUCAACUACUCCAAUGUGAGCAGGUUCAUGAAGAAGUUAAUGCUCCCUGUGGGCUACGGAGUCCCAGCUGUGAUUGUGGCCAUUUCUGCAGCAUCCAGGUCUCACCUUUAUGGAACACCUGCUCGCUGCUGGCUCCACCUGGAAAAGGGAUUUAUAUGGGGCUUCCUUGGACCAGUCUGCGCCAUCCUCUUUGUCAAUCUAGCUUUCUUUCUGAUGACCCUCUGCAUUUUGAAAAGCAAACUCUCUUCACUCAACAGUGAUGUGUCCACCCUCAAGAAUACAAGGAUGCUGACAUUUAAAGCGAUAGCUCAGCUCUUCAUCUUGGGCUGCACGUGGUGUCUGGGAAUCCUGCAGGUGGGUCCAGCUGCUCACGCCAUGGCCUAUCUCUUCACCAUCAUCAACAGCCUGCAGGGCGUCUUCAUCUUCCUGGUGUACUGUCUCCUCAGCCAGCAGGUCCGGGAGCAAUACAGGAAAUGGUUGAAACGGGUCAGGAAAAUCCAAGUGGAGUCUGAGCAAUACACCCUCUCCAGCGGACUACUGUCGGAUGCCCAUAAACACAGGGUGUACCUCAUGCCCAACACACUGGACAACCUGGGUGUGCAGCAGGUGAUGCCCUAG